UUUCUUUCUUUUUUCGUUGUUAAUUGAUUCAUUUCUUGGCUGAGUUGUUCAUUUACAUUUGCAUUUCGUUGUUUUCAUUUGCUUUUGAAAAACGAUUAAUGAAUUUUACUCAAUGGUUGUUGCUGGCAGAAUGAAGAAAAUGGGCAUUUAGUUAUGAUUUCUUUCUUUUUUCUUUGUUAAUUUGAGUUUUCAAAUGGAGAAGGAAAAACUACAAUUAAAACAAAAUCCUGUUUAUGGAUUUGCUUAUGUUUUAUCGUCCAAAUCUGAACAAAAACAUGUUCAUUUACCCACUUUUAUUUCUAUAUGAUUUUAGGGUUUUGUUAAUUAUGGUUGUGAUAACCGGUUUCUAGCACGUCGUUAAUACUAAGAACUAAGUUAUACAAACAAUAUUUAUAAUCACCCUGAUACUACUACAACAAGUGUAAUGGUAAGUUGGGGGUCGAACCACAAGGACAAGGGAUGCUAGACUAAAGGAUUGGUGUGGGAAGGUUAUAUGGGAGGUUGGUUGGUGGGUGAACUUAACUAAUAACAAGAAUAAAAAGCGAAACUCAACAAUGAAAGACAAGCUGGGAGUAGACUAUGUCCACCCUGGGAUGAUCUAUUGGAAAUAAAGAUAAGCUAGGUAAGGGAGUUUGAAUGAUAAUCAAUCAAGACACUCUAGGUAUCGAGAGGAAGUUGGUAACCCUAUAAGCCACGCGAACAACCUAUAAUCGCCCUAUGUCUCUCUAGGAGUGGCAGGACAAGAUUCGAAUCGAAUAUCUAUCAACAACCAUCAUCAACCUCAACCCUAAUCCUAAACAUUGAAGACAAGACCAAACCUAGGGUUUCUCUAACCUAAAACCCCUAAGGAAACUACUCUAACAUACUAGAGACAAAAGCAAUGAACAAAGAAAGCAUUAAAGGAAUUGAAGAACAUGAAAGCAUUAAAUCUAAACUAAGAAAGCAUUAAAGAAAAGCAAUAGAAAGAAGCAAUAGAGGAAAGCAAUAAAGACAUCAAAGCAUUAAAGAAAUAAACUUACAUAAAUGAAGUGACAUGAAAGUAGAUGAAAGCAUAAAUGAAGAACUACAAAUCCAUAUUAGGGCAAAAACUAGAGAAAGCAUUAAAGGGUUUAAUGUUCUAAAAUGAGGCACAAGGGCACUCAAACUAGGCAUGGGGUUUAUUCAGAUACAAGGGGGUAUUUAUAAGCUAAGGAACAAAAGGGGUAAAAAACCUUAAAAGCCCUCGGAGUUUGGUUUGUAAAGAAACGAAAUCGCGCAGUCUGGGGCUUUCAUUCGACCGAAUUGAAGGUACAUUCGCCCGAAUGGGGCUCCAUUCGGGGUUUCCAGCAAGUCUAGGCGCAUUUUGAUAGAGUUUUGAAGCCAUUCGCCCGAAGCUAUAAUUCAUUCGCCCGAAUCCAGCAGCAUUUGACAUUUCCAGUAGGUUUUGAGCUAUUUCCUUUGAAGUCUUCAGCCCAUUCGCUCGAGCCAGCUCCUGUUCGACCGAAUGGGUGGUCAAAUGGCUUUAAAUCUUCUUCGAAGCAUAUCCUCGAAGUGUCGAAAGGUCUUGGAACUAUGCACGGCUUUCGGAGAUUACUUGGAGUACUCGGAAAUGCCUUGAUGUUCGUGUCUCUUCUUCUAUUAUGAUGUCUAAGCCUCGACCUCGAUCCAUUUCACCUCGAAAUCUCUAAAAAUACCUGAAAUAACCUUAAAACACUACGGGGGCAAGAGCAAGGUAAAAUCGAGUGUAAAACAUAUAAAACCAAUGAGAAACUACGAGACUCGACACUAUAAAGGGGAUAUAAUUGUGCUCUAAAUCGAGCACAUCAGGCUGACAAAACAAGAAACCCUUCAACAAUUAUCACUCAGCAGAAAUGCAAAUAAAAGAAGCCAAUUGCAUCUUCACACUUUCAUUCCACCAUCGUCAUCUUCAAACUUUCAUUUCCCAUCGUAGAAUUGAUGUCUUGCAACUUUGAUAUCAACGCAAGCAAAGAACCCUUAAAAAAUUUCCUCUACAAUAAACAGGUUAACAUGUACCCGGUUAAAAUUAUUUUGUGGCCAAUUAGCUAACCUGGUUAAGAUGGGUGUUGUAAUAAACAGAGGAGAAACCAAGCUCGUGCAAAGACCCUCAUCUACCCCCAUGUGCUGCGUACGUGUAUCCAUUCGUAUUGCUUACAAGCAACGUGCUCUCUUCUAAAUUCUACUUCGUCUUUAAAGUUCAUUUGACGCUAACGGUAACUAUCCGAUUAUCAAUAUCUGAUCAGAUUUGUAGAGAUUAUGGCCCCAGUUUUCUAUAGGGAUGCAUGGCGUUGCGCAUGGCAUAUGAUCAGGUACAGUAUACAUCCAUAACUGAAGUCUUUGGGAUUAAUGUGGUACGUAAAAGUGAGAAAGCGGGGCCCAACUUGACUCUAAACAUGACCCCAACAUAAAAAAUAGAACCAAAUCGACAAGUUGUUUUAGUUGUUGCAUAUUGAUGUAUUUUGACAAUUCUUGUUUGUUGUGUCGAUUAUGUUCUUCAUUUUGUGUGUUGUGUCAAUUUUGUUCUCGAUUUUGCUCUUAUUUUGUUGAUUUUGUUCUUAAUUGUUGUGAGAACUUCUUUUCUCUUCUCUCAAUUUCAUUUGAUUUGUUGUUUUGUGAUUCAGUUUUCGUUUCUUGACAUUUAACCUUCAUUUCUUUGAUAUUUCCUUUUAGUAGGAAUUGGAAGUUUAUGUGAAAAGAUAUUGUGACGAAUUCAUUGUUAAAGAUAACUUAUUUUAACAACUUAAAAGAAUUCACUCUGGUGAUUGUAUUAGUGCUUAAAUUUGUGAUCAAAAUUGCUAGAAGAAAAGGAUUUUAUGGUAUUCUAUUUGAUGAACUAAAGUUAUGAGAGGCAUCUUCCUGAGGCCCCAAUUAAUUUCCGAAAAAGGCAUAAUUUUAAUACCUUUUUAUGAAAUUAAGUUAUGAUAUUUGUACAUGCAAAGUUCCAGUAGGAUUUUGAUGGUGUUCAAAAAUCUUUUCUUGUUUCAUUUUUUUUAAAACAUAGUUUUACUAAAUCCUCCAAUUAUAUAUUUCUUCCGUUCCAUAAUACCCGUUACAUUUUCUAUUUUUGGCAAUUUCAUAUAACUUGCUACAUUUCCAUUUUUAGUAAUAAAACAAUCAUUUAAAGUUCUACCUACCCAUAUUUUUAUCCUACUCUAUACUCUAUACUCUAUAAUAAAAUACUAUACUAUACUCUAUAAAGUAACCUAGCAAUUUAUUUUUCCUUUUUCUUUUUCAAUUAACAAUAAUAAAAUACUAUACUCUAUAAAGUAAACAAUCAGCUACAGUGUAAGUCAAUCACUUUUCUUAAUUUCCGUGCCCAUGCAAAUGUAUCGACUAAAACGGAACGAGGAAGUAAAACGUUUGCAAAGCCUCAAUACAAUUUAUCCAUUUUCGAUGAACAGUGAAAACACUGUUUAUCCACUUUCCUUUUCAUUUUCCAUUUCACGUUUCUACUCUGCCUUCACUUCAACCCUUCUGCUUCCCAUUUCUUCACGUAAUUUCAUUUCUCCCUUCUGCCUCCACUUCAACCACUCUCUUCAAACCAAUUGUCUCAUUAAUUUCUUCAUCGUAAUCUCUAUUCUUCAACAUUCAGCACUAAUUGAGAAUUUCUUCAUCGAAAUCUCUAUUCUUCAACAUUCAACACUAAUUGAGGAUAAGCUCAACUUUCACAAGCUCACGGGUUGUCAUUGCCAAAAUCCAGAGAGGAAAAGGGUGUCCACGAGUUCUGAAACUGAAUAUCAUAAAGAAAAAGAACAAUCUAUCGAAGAUGGUGCAAUGAAGUUUAGAACUGUUCGGACCUGGCGGCAAGAGAUGGCCAAACUAAAUACUUCUAGCGAUAAUCUAUCAUCUAGGUUGUUCCAAGAGAUGAUCAGCAAAUCCAACGCUCAGGAGUAUUGUUGUUGCACUCUCCUUGAUUCGCUUUCAUGCUCUUGACUUUCUUUUCUACAAUGGGAAAGUUCGACUUCGAGCUCUUGUAUUCUUGUGGUUGAGUUUUCUAGCUCAAUUUUAGUAUAUUGUAACUCGCUCUUAACACAAGAAAGUUGAGUUUGUAAUUUUUGUAAUUCUAUUUCCGUGUUUUUACAUUUUUCGUUACAACUACAAAGUUCAUCCAAUAAAUCUUCUUCGAUUUUCUGAGAAGAUUUUAACUCAAUCUUAUGUAAUUCUAACUCAAAAUCAACCAAAGCGAGUCUUUCGCUUGCCUUAUGCAUUUUCACUUCCAUGUCUCUCUUUUCCUUUAUUAAAGUCGAAACUUGUUCUUUCAACUCUUCGACUUCUUCCUUUGAUGCUUUCAAAUUUCUCUCAUUACAAGAAACUUGAUGGUUUAGAUGAUCAAUUUCCUUUUCUUUUUGCCCUAAUUCUUUUUUCAAAGAAUCAUUCAAAGAAUUUGGUAUUAUCACUCCAAAAGAAGACCAAUCAAAGAUUACAUUAUGAAUUGAUCUAAAACACGAACUUUUUCCUGCUAUAAGAAAAUAACACGCCCCAUCACAAUUUACAUAAAUAAUCCCAGCUUUUGGCCGUAUAAUAAGUGAAUCAUACAAUCUUUGUAACGAAGAUUCUUUAAUUUCGGUUCCAUAUACCAAUAACUUAUCACUUCUUAAGUCUAUAGAACGAAUUACAUUUCUAUUACCCUCUCCAGUGAUGUGCUCCAUUCGAUACACAAACUUGUUGUCAUAAUAGUUUGGGAUAAUGAAAAUUUCUGGUGUUUCUUCUAAGUUGUAAAUAGCCAUUUUGAGAACAAAAUAGAAUGAUUUGAAUGAAGGUUUUGGCCUUGGUGUGUAUGUGUAUGUGUAUGUGUAUGUGUUUCUUACAAGAAAUAGACCUCUUUUUAUAUAAAUGUUUAGCUUAAGCUUGUUGAAAUACUAUUAUGUUUGCUACAUAGCACAAGUCAUUGUUAUUCCUAACUUCUCCUCUAAAUUUAUUAGAUGAAGGCAAGUUACAUACAUACAUGAAUCAUGAUACAUACAUACAUACAUUGAUACAUACAUACAUAUAAGCUUAAGAAAAGGAUAGGAGCCUUAUUUGGCUUAUCUUAAUUUGAUUAAAAUGUAAUGCUUUACUCUCACAUAUUUUAAUAUAAUGUUUUAAUUUAUUUAGCACUAUUCACCAACCACUGUUGAUUUGUAUUUAACUUUUAAUGUUUAUAAAUUUUAUAAUAUAGUCAAGUGCAAUCUUAUUUGAUUUUCUAAAUGUAAAUUUUAUUAAUAUAUCUAUUUUUAUCCAAACACAAUUAAAAAUAUUUAAAAUCAAAAUGAGAUAUUUUUUUCGAAUAAAAGGGAGUAUAUAAUUAAUAAAAUCAAAUUUUGAUCAAUAAACAUAAUUAAGUUUUAAAAAGUAAAAAAAUAUUUUAACAAGUGAGAGCCAAUAUUGGAUCACUAAAAACAAAUACAAAUCAAUAAAAAAAAUGAUUUUUAAUAGGUAUAAAAGCAAUGUUUUCCGAAAAGAAAAUACAAUAAAACUCAAAUUCAUGUUUUUUGAAAUUUUCGAAAAGAAAAUGCAAUAAAACUCAAAUUCUAUCAUUAAUAAAAUUUGUUUUGAUUAGAAAACAUUAAUUUUAAUUUGUAAAAGUAGGUCUAUAUUUAUAAAAAAAAUUAGCUUGAUUCACACAUUAAUGUAAAUCAAACACAUUUUCAGGCUUUGUUUGGGUUAUAUUCAUUUGGUUGAUCAAAUUGUAUUGUGUUUAUUUGAUUAAACCUAUUUUAUUAAAUUUGAACUCUUUUCUUUAUUUAUAAUAGUAAUUAUUUUUUUGUAUUAUAUAUUUUUAUUGACUUGAACUUAACUCUAUCAAAUUUAACUAAUUUUUAAUGAACAGGAAGUAUAUAUCCCAAAAUAUUUCUUUGUAAACAUAUGAACCAAUAUAUAGUUUUGGGCAAUUACAACAAUUACUUGGUUUUCUUUUAACUAAUUUCUCCAAGAUAUAGUGAGCAUUGUGUGGAUUGCCUUUCCUUAGAAUAACUUUUACUUAUAUUUUGUAAUAAAGGAAAUAAAGGCGAGAAAAAGUAAAACUUUUACUUGGUGAUGUUUUCCUAUAUAUUUCGUAUUAAAUAAACCAUUCUAAUAUUAAAGAAUUAAAAGGAAAAUGCACCAAUCAUUCAUCAUUUUUCAUUCUCUUUUUUCCCUUUCUUUUCCUUUAUAAAAUGCUAUCCGAACCUCUUAGUACUAUUUUUUAAUAAAUAUAAAUUGGUUGAGAUUCACAUAUUUAGGUUCAAGUCUGACUAAAUCAUGAUUUGAGUCAUUUGAUUUUAAAUUCAACUUGUGUAAUAUACACAUAUUAUGUAUAACAAUUGCAUUAAUUUAAACCACAUGAAAAAAUGAUUGUUUAAUCUUUCUUAUGUUAAUAUUCUGG